AAUCGCAUAUUUGCGUCUAGAUCGUACCAUAUUCACCCGACCCGUAAAAAGCGUCGCCUUGGGUGUGGGAACAUCAACAGAGGACGAAGAUACCUAUCUUAUGGCACCCGCCUUUUCUACGAAAAAACGUUCGAGAAGUUGGGAUUCCUUCUAGCUCGUAAACCAUGGGUUGUCCUUCUUCUGUCGCUCAUGGUUGUUACUGUAAGCUGUCUAGGAUUCAUUCGCCUUCGCGUCGAGCAUCCCUCUGUUGAACGCUUCACUGCGACUGACAGCCAGUCCAGGAAAGACUUACAUCAUGCAGCACAGUUCUUUCCUCUUCUUGAAGCGCGCCAAGAACAGAUCAUCAUGGUCCCUAAACAUGGCCAAGAUAUCCUCAGUGAAGAUUGUUUGAAAGACGCCGUUCUCGUCCACCAGACCAUAGAGAACAUUACUGGCUAUAGUGAAAUAUGCUCCAGGCAAUUGCUUCCAGACAAACCAGAGGAACAUAACUGUAUCAUCAGCAGUCCUCUCGAAUUAGCUGGCACAAAGUUUGAAAAUCUGGGGAACCUUUCUUCAAUUCUGGUUGGUGAGUUGGCGAAUUCCACUGUCGUUCUCUCCUCUGGCCAAACUUUCAAUUCUUCCUUUAAGCGAUUGUUGAGUAAUUUUAAAGUUCAACGGAAAACAGAUCCACCGACUGCUCGGGCCGACGCUCUUCGACUUAUUUACUUCCUUAAAAAGACAACCACUAAAGAAGACGACGAAUCAGUUGUGAACUUUGAAACAUCUUUUGAGAGUCUCCUCUCGUCGUUGGGACGUCACUUAAAAUGUGCAGAACUCGUCUUCAAGACUGGAAAAACAAGAAACGAUGCAUUGGAAAGCGUCUUGACAGUGGAGCUAUUGCCACUUUAUGUUACAGCAGUGGCAAUGGCUGUUCUUAUCUUUACUCUCAUAUUCCUUUCCUUUGAUAAUCUCAGUUGCCUAGCAACAGUGUUACUGAUGAUUUCAUCUAUUGUAUUCCCCAUGACCUGUUCUGCGGGUAUCAUCUCAAUGACCAACACAUCCCUUUUCCCAACGACACUGUUUAUUCCCUUUUUUCUUGUGGGAAAAGCAGUCUCAGACACAAUACUAUUUCUUGUGGAAUGGGAGCGGCAAAAGAAAGUGCCAUCACUUGAACAUCGAGUCAGCUCCUGCUUUACUAGAGCGGGACUCCUCACUGCAUUUUCGGGGCUAUGUGGAACUAUUCUUUUUGGGAUUGCGAUCAAAUCUCCCUUUGAUGUGAUUUCAGAAUUUUUCGUGGCAACACUAGUAGCCUAUGUAUUAGUUUCAUUAGCAUCCUUUGCGGUAACAGUCAUAGUGUUGAUGUAUUUUGAAAGCAGGUUGGAGAAAUUGAACAUUCCUUGUCUGCGAUCAAGUAGAAGAAGAUCUUCAAUAACAAGCCUUGGAGGCUUAGAACAAGGACUCGUGCAAUGCCCAAAAUCGAAAAUUCGACGCGUCGUGAAAGGCCUUACACGGAUAACAACGUCCCUUGGUGGAAAAAUUUUGUCACUUUUCAUUCUUGCCUGUAUCCUAGGUUUGUGUGUGUUGUCUGCUUCAAAGCCUGAUGAGCGAACGGGCACCACCGAAUCACUUAACCAACUUGAUCAUUUCAAACAGUUUAAUGAGGCACAACUAAAGUACUUUGGUAAAGAAACCGAUACAAGCAUCGUAUUCUCGGAGGAUAUUGACUAUUCACAGAACACUGUACAGAAUAAAAUAAUAAACCUUUGCGUGGAACUGCAAGAAGCUUCCUUCUACGAGGGGCAAUCAUUCUGUUGGAUGGCCGCCUUUCGGCAGUGGAAACAACGUCAAAACAUGACCUGCUCAAACUCAGAAUUCUACCGGUGCUUAGAACUUUUCCUCGAUCAAAUCCACAACGGCCCCUUUCGACAAGACUUACGUCUCGAGGAUACGGAGUCUCAGCCUAGAAUUCUGGCAUCUCGAAUCCAUCUCAAGAUAGAACUACAUAACCGAUUUCGAGAAGACAGACGAUCACUAGAGAAACUUAGAAAAUAUUUGCUGGAACAGUCUUCCCUGGAAGCAGUACCAGUCUCCGAGAAAUUUUUUGAUCUUGACGACCUCUUUCUGUUGGAACGAGAAGUAGUCAUCAUAGUUUUUAUAACUGCCACGGUAGUAGUGUUCAUGUUUUCUCUAUUCUCAAACGCAAGUCUCGGAAUUAGUCUCUUCCUGGCAGCAACAUUUGAUUUUCUCGUGUUAGAGGCAGCAGCUAUAAUGCAAGCGUGGGGAAUUCAUCUAAACCACAUCUACUUUCUAUCUCUUUUCAUGACAAUGGUGCAAGCCCUGAAUUUCAGCAAUCUGGUGGCUAAUUCAUUGGUAUUUUCAGCAAAGUUAAAAAUACGAGGUCGGAUGGCCGAGGCCCUCUGCUCUGUUGGGUGGUCUGUGAUAACUGAAGCAUUGAUAACAACAUCUGGAUCAGUUUCACUGGGGUUUAUUUACCCAAGUCUAUCUGAAGUUUUCCAUCGUCUUGUCCCGCUGGUCCUUAUUCUGGGGGUGACUCACGCCCUUGUUAUUUUCCCGGCAAUAAUCGCUCUGUUCCUCCAGUUGGUGCACAGUUUUGAUUCUCAAAGUGACAUACAUAUACAACCAACUCCCAAGGAACAAACCGACGAAGUAUCGUUGCAAGUACGAAAUGGCGAUAUACAUCAGCUCAGGUCUAAACGCCCUGGAAUUUCAGUCGUUGGCAUCAGCUGCAGAUUUCCCAGAGCAAAGAGCAAGGACGAGUUUUGGCAUUUACUUGAGCAAGGAAAGAGUUCGAUUACUGCGUACCCCGAGAACAGACCCGAGCAACAUAAGGCCUUCUUUGAGUACUACAAUCCUAAGCGGUUUGUUACAGGACGCCAUUCUGUUGUCAAAGGUUCCUACUUAGAAGAAAUAAAAUACUUUGACAACAAGUUCUUUGGUAUAUCCGAUCAGGAAGCCCGUGGAAUGGAUCCUCAGCAACGAAUUCUACUACAAGUUGUAUAUGAGGCCAUUGAAGAUGCUGGAAUGCGACUGGAGGAUCUUCAAAAGUGCAGAACAGGGGUGUUUGUCGGCGUGAUGAACCUUGAUCACUCAAAACUCGGAUCAGAUCCAUCAAAUUACAGCAUUAUGGACCAAUUUGCCGCGACAGGAAGCACAUUGUCUAUUAUCGCCAACAGGGUGUCCUUCUGUCUAAAUCUGACAGGUCCAAGCUUGGUCGUUGACACGGCAUGCUCUUCAUCCUUAACUGCACUCAAAAUCGCCUAUGACAACCUGCACAAUGACGAGUGCGAAAUAGCCAUCGUUUGCGCACCUAACAUUAUCCUUAGUGAGAUGGUUCAGAUAGCAUCCAGUUUAGGUGGACUCCUUGCCCCUGACGGACGCAGUAAAAGUUUUGAUGCUUCAGGAGAUGGCUAUGGAAGAGGAGAAGGUUUUGCAGCAGUUAUUUUGAAGCUGUCGCAUGCGGCUUUGAAUGACAAAGAUGACGAAUAUUGCGAGAUCGUUGCCUGCGGAAUGAAUAGCGAUGGGCAAAACGCUGUACCGAUGACUGCUCCGAGUUCAAAGAUGCAAGCUGAACUAUCUAGAAGGGUUCUAGAACGGUCAGGAGUGGAUCCAGAAGACGUGGAUUUCUUUGAGGCGCAUGGUACUGGUACCGCAAUUGGAGACGUGAUAGAGAUUGACUCGAUAGCUGAUACCUACAGCAGUCGAACGGCAACGUCCAAACGUAAGUUAAGGAUUGGUUCUGUUAAGUCAAACCUCAAUCAUACAGAAUCUACUUCCGGUCUUGCUGGACUGAUCAAGGUCGCUCUGAUGAUCAAAGAGAAAAAAUAUGUGCCAACUGUUAACAUAAAUGUGCUGAAUCCCAAACUUAAGCUAGAAGAAAACGAGUUUGUAGUCCAACAAACCACUGAACCAUGGAUAACGGAAAAAGGAAAACCCCGAAUAGCAGCCUUAAACUCGUUUUGUUUUGGCGGAUCAAACGUGCACCUCAUCCUUCGCGAGGUAACGUCAAAACACUGCUCAAAGGAAAUGGGCGUUAAUCGCUUAAAUAAUGUCCUCACUUUGUCAGCACGUUCAAAAGAAGCUCUACAUAAGAUGGCACGAACAUACUCAAAAUGGAUCAAGAAUAAUGUAGAAGAUAUUGAUGAGCGUUUUGUGGAAAGCCAAUGCUAUUCUUUGAAUGAACGGCGCAGUCAAUUCCCACAUCGCUUGGCCCUUGCUUUUGGCUCUACUGUGGAAGCAUCCAAGUCUCUAGCAGACUACGCCGAUGACUCCGUGGGGUGGGAUAAGUUGGUUUCCUACUCAGAAGUGAAAUCCAAUGAUGGAAAGCUCGUUUUCAUGUUUGGUGGCCAGGGCUCUCAGUGGUAUGCGAUGGGAAGACAGUUAAUUGAAUGUGAAGCUGUCUUCAGAGAAGCUGUUUUGACGGUGAGUAAUUUACUCAAUAAGCUUGGUGUAAAGUGGUCGCUGAUGGAGGAGCUGAUGGCGCCAGAGGACAUUUCAAGAAUUUCGGAGAAUUACAUUGCACAACCAGCCACUUUUGCUGUCCAGUACGCAACAGCAAGUCUGCUUAUGUCCUGGAAAAUCCAUCCAUCCGCCGUCAUUGGUCACAGUUUAGGAGAGAUUGCAGCGGCCUGUGUUGCUGGGAUCAUAACAGUCGAGGAAGCUGUUCAAUUGGUGCUGGCCCGCUCAACUGUGCAAGAAAAAUCUCCCAAUAAUGGUGGUAUGGCGGCUCUGGGUAUGUCCGAGGAAGACGCCACGGCAUUACUUAUCGAACUGAAGUUAAGUGCUACACUUGACAUCGCCGCAGUAAAUGAUGCAAAGAGCGUCACAGUGUCUGGGGAAGCCCAAUCAAUCGAAGCAUUGGGUCAACACCUUAAAAUCCACGCCAAGAAAGAUACUUUCUGGCGCGUUCUUGGAACAAAGCGUGCUUUUCACAGUGCACAUAUGGAAACCAUCAGAAAGCCUUUUCAAGCAACCAUGAAACGUGUCAAGCUAAACCCGCAAUUGUCGAAAAUUCCUGUUUACUCUACCGUUGAGGGUGACGUUCUCUCAGGUCAGAAGUUUAACGGCGAUUAUUGGUGGCGCAAUAUUCGCUGUCCAGUCCAAUUCUAUCAAGUAAUGAAGCACCUGAUACACGAUGGUUUCAAGCAGAUUAUUGAGAUUAGCACGCAGCCUAUUUUAGCCCACUAUGUGAAACAGAUUGCUAGUCAAGAGAAUCUUAAUAAGCAAGAAACUCCAGUUGUCGUUGCAACUCUUCCUCGCAAGAGAGUACCUGUCAAAGGCCAACACCGGUGCUUUCUUCAGAACACAGUUUGUAGACUGUAUACAAUGGGAUUGCCCAUAGAUUGGUCUCUUGUACAGAAGAAUCCAUCAGCCAGGUUUGUCCGUUCCGUUAACUACCCAUGGCUGGAAAAGAAAUUUUGGUACAGGGAAAUUCCGCUUCAAACCAUAAUUCCUCCAAUUGGUGCUAAGGAAACCACAGAGAAGCGAGCCCAUCCUUUUCUAGUACAAGUGAAAAUGACCGAACUGUAUUCAGGCCUACAUUGCUGGGAGACUGAGAUUGACCUCUAUCGUUUUCCUACUUUAAAGGAUCAUGCUCUUAUUCAGGGAGGUGCUGUGGUGCCUGGAGCUGCUUACCUGGAAAUGGCCUUUGCUAUGGCGAAGGACAAGUUCGUAGAUGUUGCUUGCAUUGAACUUACUGAUGUGAAGCUUUUGAAUCUUCUCACCUUGCCCGAAACGCAGGUUAGACAGUUACGAUUACGUUUCCAAAAGGAGGACAAAAUUGAUAAGGCUCAGUUCUACAUUACAAGCUUACAGAAUGACCAGUCAGAGAUUACUCUGAGCAGCGGGAACAUUUCUUUGGAUCUGCUGCACAGACGCGAACAUUAUGAAGGCAAAGCUUUCGACGAGAUUGGUCCAGCUUUAGAGGAGCGGUUGACAAGUAUGACAAAAGUGACAACACAGCGCUUCAGCGAAACAUCCAAAAAGCUGGGAUUUAACUAUGGACCAACUUUCUCCCUCAUUAAAGAAAUAUGGCAGCGCGAUAACGAGGGACUCUGCUUGAUUGACAUCAGUGAACUACCAGCUAUUCAAGCAGAAGCUGAAAGUUAUGUUGUCCAUCCCUGCAUUUUAGACGCCUGCCUUCAAUCCUCUUUUAUUCCCAUUGGAAACUUGUUAACUGAAGAUACGUCCUUGGUGCCAGUGGGUUUCAAGAGCAUUACGCUGAGGGACGUGCCAUCUACCAAACAGCUGUACUGCCACGUGACUGCAGAUAUCACCACGUUUGGAAAAUUUGAUGUUACCCUCAUGAGUCCAUCCGGAAAAGUGUUACUUAAAAUAAGUGACUUUCGUGCUACAGAGUUGACUAGCACAGAACGUCCAUUUUCCUUUGAUGACCUUGCCUAUGAAGAAGAGUGGAUGGAGGUUGUUUUACAAAGGAAGAAGGAAACCACCCAAAAUCCGACUUGCAUUGUGCUGAAAGAUUCCUCCGUCUUCUCAGAUGCCUUAAUCACAAGACUUCAGGCAGCUAAAGUCAAUUUCGUCACAGUUGAUCUGCCAAAUGCUAGAUGUUUCAACAUCGAAGCAGAGGAAGCAAUCACAGCGGCCUUUGCGGGCAUACCACCUGACCAAUUAUCCAACCUUAGGGUCGUGAACACGUGGCCUGUGGAAACGAACCUUCUGCCGGAGAACUUGAACGUGAUCGAUCAAUCUCAACGCCUUGCCCUGGGCAGUUCUGUCUUCUUGCUCAAACUUCUGAUGGAGAAGGAGUGGUUGAGUUCUCGACUUUUCUUCGUCACCGAACGUACACAGCUCUUGAACGCCUGUCCGAAGUCUGCCAGUACUAUCCCGUGGAGUUCUACAGUCUGGGGUUUUCGACGAACAGCACGCCUGGAAGAGUUUGACAUCAGGAUGAUAUCUGUUGACCUCAGUAACAAAGAGGAUAUGCUCGAGGUAGAUUCAUUGGCUGAGGAGAUACUGGGUGAGAGCAUUGAAGAAGAGGUGGCCUUUCGAGAUGGAAAACGUUUUAUAAAUCGCAUGGUCAGGACAAAACUUUCUCCAGAGCAACCGACAAACCAGAAAAUGGAAAGCAAGAAGAAGGGCUCAUUGUACUUAUCAUGUAUCCCUUCGUCAACAACGCUCUGCCUGCGCGAGAAGAGUCUGUCGAAGCCAUCCAACUCUGAGCUUACAGUAGAUCUCCUAUAUUGCUGGACACCCUCGGAAUCACUGAUUGAUGUAGCCAAACCAAAAGGAUGUGUCUUCGUUGUUGGAAAGGUGACUGACCUCACUGGGGAGAGCAGGAAGUCUCAUGUACAGAUUGGAGACGAGGUGUGUGGUGUCGUCGCCUCUGGACGGGUUUCUUCUUCCCUUGCCAUUCAAGUCAAUAACAUGUUCGUAAAACCAACCGGCCUGACAAAGGAACAAGCGGCUUACAUCCCAGCGUGCCUAGCCAUAGCUUCCUAUGCUCUUCAAAGAGUAGCAUCAGGAGAAGAAAAUCAGUCACUACUGAUACACGAAGCCAACCGUGGCCCUGGGCCAGCAGCAGUUGCCCUUGCAAAAACACUCGGACACAGAGCAUUUUGCACCAUUCCUGACACUUGCCAAACGUCUACAAAAGCCCUUCUUCUUGAGUUGGGUGCGGAAAGUGUGGUCCAUCAAGGUUCCUUUUGCCUCAAUGAUGAUUCUUUUCAGAGCUUCGACGCCGUUUUGUUUUUUUACCCACCUGCUCCAAAUGCACUUCAAGAAAGUUGUCGUUCGCUCAAACGAGGAGGAAAAGUUGUAAUCUUGAGUUCCGAGUUUACUGGCGAUCUCGUAUUUACAGCAACUACAAAUGUCAGAUAUGAGAGAGAGGAUAUGGCAGACAUACUCAGGUCUCCGCAGGUUUACGAAAAGCUCAGUUUAGCAAGUCUUGAUUUGCUGAAAGGCAAAGAAGUCCUGGAAAAGCUUCUAGCAAUGCAGCUGGUUUCUGAAGACUUGUCAACAGCAAUUGAAGCCGUAGCCACUUCCUUCGACAAAACGUCAUUACCACAACAUCAAACAAACGCCUCCUCGAGCAUUUCUUUUCAAAUUCUCGCGUUUCCAUUAUCUGGAAAAAGAAGUGAUCUCGACAAGAUUCCUGUACUUCCAACUGGUUUAGAUGAAUGUGGCCUGAAAGAAAACAGAACGUACUUAGUGGCAGGAGGUAUUCGAGGAUAUGGAUUUGAAGUGGCUCGCUGGAUGGCGGAGAAUGGAGCAAAGUCUAUUGGACUUCUUGGCCGUUCAAAGCCCUCAGAUGCCAAAUGUCAAGAAGUGCGAAAGCUAGAGGGAAGGACAGGCGCGAAGAUACAUAUGUUCCAGAUUGACAUUUCCAACCAAGAGCAAAUGGCGUUCCUUAAAGAACGCCUUCAAUCUCUUCCAAGUGUGGCUGGUAUCGUGAUCACUGCCAUGGUUCUAAGAGAUGAGUAUGUCAAAGAUUUCACGUUUGAGGGCUUCACUGAUUCCAUGGGUCCUAAGAUAAAAGGUUCCUUCUUACUUCACCAAAUGAGCUUGGAAAUGGAUCUGGAUUUCUUCAUCAUGUUUUCAUCCAUGGCCUCGGUCUUCGGUAACGCGAAGCAAUGCUCUUACUCGGCUUGCAAUGCUUUUCAAGAUUCUCUUGCCCAGUACCGAAGACAGGUGCUCGGUCUACCCGGAUUGGCGAUAAACUGGGGACCAAUCAGUGGAGCUGGUGUGAUGGAACGAGAUUCCAAAGUGGCCAAAUUGAUGAGCAUAGGGGGACUUGGCUUUAUCCAUGCCAGAGAUGGAGUCAAACACAUGGCCAAAGUUCUUACUGAGGAACCGAGCCGCUUUCAAAUUACCCUGUGUGGUGUGGACUGGCCUCGCUGCAUGAGAAGUCUUGUCGGGCUAAAGAAGACGCCCAGAAUGUCGCUGAUCAAAGCUGAAAUUAAGGAUUCUGACAUUCAGACGCAUUCGUCAGAUUCCCUGGCGCAAAACAUCACGCUAGAGAAAGAUGAAGAAAAAAGACGCGAACUGGUCAUGGAAUACGUAGGCGUACUAAUGACUAAAUGGGCAGGAAUGCCUUCGGGUUCUGAGGUAGAUCUCAACAAGAGCUUGUACAACUAUGGUCUCGACUCAGCUGGGGCACUGACCUUGAAAAUGCAGUUUGAAGCCAAUUUGCAAGUUGCUUUUGAGAUUUUCUACUUUAUGCAGCCUGAUACGACCGUACUUAAAAUUGCAAAAGACGUCAUGGCCAAGCUUGGCGGAGAAGCACCUGGUGAACAACUUCAAAAUAACGUCAACCUAGAAAAUGAGCCUGCGCAAACACAGCCUGCACUGACCGACGCAUCCCGAUCUGCUGUCAUGUCAGAGAGUCAGAUUCAAGUUGUACCGCUGUACACUCCUGCGGGCGCAGCUAUCAAGUUCUUCUGUGUACAUCCGUCACACCAUUAUGCGUUAAAUCUGGCAGCGAUUUCUACGGGAUUUGAAGGCCAGGAUUUGGUAUCCUUCUAUGCACUGGGCUAUACUGACCCAACAGCAGUGAGUAGGGACUGGGGUGGAGUCCGUGAACUUGCUGCACAUUACGUUCAACUGAUCAGCGAGGAGCAGCGUCAUGGACCGUACUUUCUUGGCGGAUAUUCCUACGGUGGGCUUGUUGCCUACGAAAUGGCGUCGUUGUUGACAGAGCAGAACCAGAGGGUGGAGUUUGUAGCCAUGAUUGACACAUUUCCUUGGUAUCCGCGCUCGCGGACUGUCAGCAAUAGACUGGUUUCCAUGGUUGCUGAUCAACAAUUUCAACGUCGACAGGUUCAGCUUUCUUUUGAGAACUUUCUGACAAAACUGGCCGUAGAUUCUUUAAAGAUGGAGGCUGACGAAUUCAAAACCUUGAGGGAGAUGCACACUCAAGACUGGGUCAUAGAUGAACUGCAGAGACGAAGCGUUGAGAAGGGUUUCGCUAACUACAAUUUGAGGGCACUCAGGGAAGCUCUUCUAAAAAACCAGAUCGUUUCUUUUAGAACAUUCAAAGAAUGGCAGCCUGCUGAGGUAUGGGACAGAAUGCCUUCGGGUUCUGAGGUAGAUCUCAACAAGAGCUUGUACAACUAUGGUCUCGACUCAGCUGGGGCACUGACCUUGAAAAUGCAGUUUGAAGCCAAUUUGCAAGUUGCUUUUGAGAUUUUCUACUUUAUGCAGCCUGAUACGACCGUACUUAAAAUUGCAAAAGACGUCAUGGCCAAGCUUGGCGGAGAAGCACCUGGUGAACAACUUCAAAAUAACGUCAACCUAGAAAAUGAGCCUGCGCAAACACAGCCUGCACUGACCGACGCAUCCCGAUCUGCUGUCAUGUCAGAGAGUCAGAUUCAAGUUGUACCGCUGUACACUCCUGCGGGCGCAGCUAUCAAGUUCUUCUGUGUACAUCCGUCACACCAUUAUGCGUUAAAUCUGGCAGCGAUUUCUACGGGAUUUGAAGGCCAGGAUUUGGUAUCCUUCUAUGCACUGGGCUAUACUGACCCAACAGCAGUGAGUAGGGACUGGGGUGGAGUCCGUGAACUUGCUGCACAUUACGUUCAACUGAUCAGCGAGGAGCAGCGUCAUGGACCGUACUUUCUUGGCGGAUAUUCCUACGGUGGGCUUGUUGCCUACGAAAUGGCGUCGUUGUUGACAGAGCAGAACCAGAGGGUGGAGUUUGUAGCCAUGAUUGACACAUUUCCUUGGUAUCCGCGCUCGCGGACUGUCAGCAAUAGACUGGUUUCCAUGGUUGCUGAUCAACAAUUUCAACGUCGACAGGUUCAGCUUUCUUUUGAGAACUUUCUGACAAAACUGGCCGUAGAUUCUUUAAAGAUGGAGGCUGACGAAUUCAAAACCUUGAGGGAGAUGCACACUCAAGACUGGGUCAUAGAUGAACUGCAGAGACGAAGCGUUGAGAAGGGUUUCGCUAACUACAAUUUGAGGGCACUCAGGGAAGCUCUUCUAAAAAACCAGAUCGUUUCUUUUAGAACAUUCAAAGAAUGGCAGCCUGCUGAGGUCCGCUAUCGUGGUGCUCUCACCUACCUCAAAGCCCAAAGCGACCGCUUCAUGGGCGAGAUUUCUUCGGUAUAUGGCGCUGAGGAAGUAUGGGGCCAGCUGGUAGAUGGAGGCACAACCAUGCUCGUUUGCCCUGGCGACCAUUACUCCUUGAGUGAGUUACCCCAUGCUCACGUGACAGGCAGUAUCCUAGCAUCAGCACUCGCAUUCAACUACCGGAUGUUGUUCCCCGAAUUCCCCAGACCUACAAGAACAUUCCAUCAAAGACGAGCCGUGGAAAAGUUUUGCAGCGGAGUAAAAGUAUUCCUUCACUCAAAGAAAGGCAACAAAUGGCCACACUUUGGAGAACUUUUCUUCACCGAGGAUGCUCACAAACUUGAAUUGAGGUCAACAAUUGAGGAAGGAGGAACAGAGGAGAAUGAGAAAACCAAAAAGAUAAUUGACCUGGAAGGUCUCCGCAUGGUGCAGCCAGGACGACUUGUCUCCAGUGCCCAGAAGUAUGCCUGGCGCAAGCGAAGAGUUGGAGCUAAUCAAAGUGGGAACCUGGGACAGGUUGCGUCCGUCAUAACAGGCCGACGAGUUUACAACUUGGAAUUCACUGAUUAUUCCGAUUUAAAAGCAUUUUACACCAUGAUAGAAGCUGUAUUUGCUGUGACUUUGUUUACCAGUUAGAAUUGUAGUGGCAAACACGUGUGUUAAUUUUUCUAGCUAUAACAUUUUGACCAUUUGUUGUUCGAAUUCAGUUCGUACUUUUUGACACAAGUAUCAUGAAAUAUAUUUACAACAAACUUGCUUAGUUGCAACUUUACUGAUCCUUGUGAUUCAAUCAAAAUGACAGAGCCAUGAAGCGAUGCUUCUGUUAGAUUUCACUGUUAGUUGCAAAAGCUUAGCAAGUAGCCUUUUCUUACCCAAGCAUAAACUUAUUUACAAUUAAUUAAUAAAUGUGCGUGAUUAAUUACAACUUGCAGGUUCUCUUUGUCAUAUCGAAAGCAGUCAUUUUCACCAGUCUGUUUCUGUGACAUUCGACUAUUUUUGCAAGAAAUUUGCCUGUAGUUUUUUUAU